AUGACGAAGGGCGAAGAUUCGAAAAGAUCAGUGCCGGACGAUGAGGUCCCCCCAGCCUACAGAGAUGCAGUGGAGCGGCCAAAUCAAGAACAAUAUGAACAGGACAGCAAGUCUGCUGUCCAUGAAGAGUCAAGUAGUAGCGGUUUCAACUCAGCCUGGCCAGAGGCCCAUCCAACCGUAGACACCUGUCUUGUGCAUCUCAAGCUGCUGAGAGCCUUCGAGCAGCUAAAGAGCAAGAUCGGAUAUACAGAUGGGCUAUGGGAAAUAUGGGACUGGCGCGCCCUGGGGAACGUGGAGGUCCUAGCCAAGUUACGGGAAAAGCGAUGGGCCCUAUAUGUCGCUCGAGCCGUUGACCGUUACCAGGCUUGGUGGAAAAGCUUCGUACCGGACAUGCUGACAGAGAAGGAUAUCUUGAAAGGAUCUCCCGAAGGCAAUCCUUCCAGGUAUGCGCAAUUCGCAGCAGCACAUGAACCAAUGAGAUGGACGAAGGACAUUUUACCACCACCUGACGUUUUGCUUGUCUGGCAUACCCACAUGCUCAACCCACGCAUCUAUCUAGAGGACUGCCUCCGAGUGGGCUAUGGCUCUCUAUGGAGUACAGGGCUACCCUGGAAUGUGAUCGAUGGAAUUAUAAACAGGAACUUCGAGUUUACUUCCUCGAAUGAGAGUGUUUCAAACUGGGUGCACAGGACUGAAACUCAAUGGGAUAACAUGCAAGAUGUCAUGUCGAAAGACAUCAAGUGCCCAGUAUGUUCAACAAUAUUGGAUGUUCCCUGGACAACCUGCGGACAAGCCCCGGAUUCCAAGGGCAAACCUGGCCUGGUUGGACAAGGAUAUGGAGAUGGUAGCUUCUCGUCCAGUUGCAAGAAUUGCAACGCGGUAGUUGAUGACGACGUCUUACGUGCCGCGAAAUUUCGUGACGAUCUGAAGAACUUGGUCACCAAGGAUUGGCCAAUGCCAGGGACUAUGCUAGACAUAAAGAAUGGCCUGAAUAACCUGCAGGAUGCCGAUAGCGACCAGUUGUUUCCUAAUCGGCUUGUUCGUCUGGGACUUCUCGUCGAGGUGACCAGCGCCUUCGAGCCCGGCAAUCCGACCAAGCCGAGCGUGAUGUUUAUCCGCGACAAGAUCCAGGACAUUACAGCACACCCCACCUACCGUCACAGCAAUGACCAGCUGAAGAAGAUUGAUAAAGGGAUCAGCGGUGUGGGUACGGUGGUGCCGCACAGGCUGUCCAGGAACGCAAGGGUUCAGACGAGGUCCAUGAUGUCGCGGUACUGGGAGAACUCAUCGAUAUUUGGACUAGAACUCAGGGGGGCGGUUAUGAGGCAGGGCGUCUUCUGUGAGAAGAUGUUCAAGAUCAACUGGCUCGAAAGCCCAACAGCAAAAUUCACGAUGGAGAAGCUGCUCAAGAAGUACGAGAGGUUCUUUGAGAUCUUGGCCGCACAUUCUGAUCAGAUCGUCACACCUACUCUAGAUGUGGACUUGGCAUGGCACACGCACCAGCUGAGUCCCAAGGACUACUAUCAUUUCACCGUGAAGAAGACUGGGUCGUUCACGGAUCACAACGACAAGGUGGACGAGGACAAGCUCGCGGUCUCGUUCGAUUGGAUGGCCAAGGUAUACCAGGAGAAAUAUGGGGAAGUAUACUCAGAGUGCACCUGUUGGUUCUGCGAGAGUCUGCGAUUCAAGAACGCCAGCUCACUAAAGAGUCGUAUCACAACCAACAAAGCAUCCGUAACGUCCGACGCCUGGCGGUCCGAAGCCCAGGGCGCCCGAGAGCCCCUUCACAUCUCGUCCCACCCGUCCGUCCACCCCCUGUCCGAACGCAACGGGUCCCGGCGGACGGAGCGCUUCAUAUUCCACAACGACCUGAACGACUCCUUCGAUAAGGCCAUCAAGCUCUCUACCAAGGGCCAGAAGAAGGGCUUUGCAUCCCUUUUCAAGGCCUCAACAUCGAAACCCCCAGGUUCGGCCUCCGCGCAAGGCAGCAUGGGGCCACGGGGCCAGGACGCGGUGACGCACUGGGGCAACACGGUGUCACUGCCUGGCCCGUGGGCGUCGCAGACGCACGUCGCGCUCACUGAGCCGAUGUACUCCAGUCCUCCGGGCGCCAUCCACGAGUCCGCAGGCCAGCCGGGGGUUUGUGCAUCGGGGACUUGUGGUGGCCAAGGGGGGUGUGGGUCGGGGGCCGUUGCGAUGUGUGGAGCCGGGUGUACGGGGAUGGGCAAGACGCCGUUUGGGCCCGGAUGCGCGGGAGGUGCAUAG